GGAGAGAGAGAAAAAAAAGAAGAGAGAAACGGAGAAAGAAAGAAAGAAAGAGAGAGAGAGAGAGAGAGAUCUCAGCAGUUCAGUUUGACUAGUUAGCUGGUAGUCAACCCGGAACGAGGAGUACUCCGUUUGGAAUUGAUCUAGCUUGGAUAUUUUUGGAUUGUAACAACAAAAAACAACAACAAAAAAAAAAGGAGUGUGCGACUAUCGGGAGGUUGUGAUCUGGACAACCGGGAUCUGGAUUUAUAAAUGGUUUUUAAUGUAUUUCUUUGUGAUUUAAAUCAGUUGUAAGGGUCUUAUUCACGUUGUUCUCUCCGUGCCGGGUUAGAAGAGAGGAGAUGUGAAGUCCAAAGUCCGAAACUAUUAUGAGUGUGUAAAGCGUUUUAGGGCUCCUUCUCUCUCGCCGUUCGCUUUUUAUAUUCAAUUCUACAUUUACUUAGUUCCCGUGUAGCUAUAGUCUACUGUCAUGAUAUUAUCAUGUGUGUAAAACAUUUGUUUAACCCUUCAGAGGCGUAGUGAACAUAACAGUUCUGCAUAUUAUUGACUACAUUCCCAGUAUGAAUGAAUUUUGAUUUCUCUAUGUCCAAUUUAAUCUUGUUGUCCAGUCGGCUGUGCAUGCUCUGCACGGCGCUCCACCAACGUUAAUGUCCUACAAAACUACAUUCAAAGUAGCUGUAAACGGUCCCUUUGGUGACCCGAAACAAGAGUAACCUAGAGGAGAAAACUCACAUCUAGAUUUUUAAAUUGUCGUAUGUUCAGGACGAAACGCUCAGGUCUUGUGCGGCGACUCUGGAGAAGCCGUUUGAUUCCACAUAGUGAAGGGGGACAUGGUGAAUAUAAUGGCCCAAGUAGAGAGGGAAGUCCUAGAGACGAUCUCUUCACAACCUGCUACAACCCGGAGAGAUUUCCCAAAACGGAUCUCCGACCGAUAACGGCAAGCGGGUCACCUGCAGGGGAUUUAGGUGGAGGAUGUGGCUUCAACUCGGCGGAGAGUUGCAGCAGCGGUUGGGACCAACAUGGGGGUGCUAUGUCGGUGACUGUGUGUGUCCCGGGGCCGGAGCCGGGGCCGGGGAAGGGUAACCCUCAGGCAGUGCAGGACAACGAAUGCAGGACGGUGACGUGUUGUUUAUUUAAAGACCGGGACCACUGUGAAGUUGAACCCAUUGCCCCUGGGAGGGAACCGUUACAAGACUCCUGUCAAUUUGUUUUGAGGAAACACGUCGGUGGAACUCGGGACAACGGUUCUCCAGAAACGAAUCCGCGCACCGUACUGGAGCAAGAACUAAAAACCGCAACAUAUUCUCUGUUGAAAUGUCUAAAAGAAAAAACCCUGGAUACUUUAUUGGAGGCGGUAGAGUCCAGAGAAGGGACGUGGAGCGAUUGUGUGAUGGUAUCCCAGACAGAGAUGAGUUUGGGUGGACAUACGGCCAUAUCUCCGCCGCUACUGCUGUGUAAACUCUACCGUUGGUCGGACCUCCAGCACACCGCCCAGCUCAAGCCGCUCUGUGAGUGCAGGAGUUUCGGGACUCUGGACGGUACCGUGGUAUGCUGCAACCCCUAUCACUACAGCCGGCUCUGCAGCGUAGAGUCGCCCCCACCGCCAUACUCACGGCUGUCCCCUUCAGAGGAACAAAAGCCACUGGAUGCCAGUAUGUCCCCGGACGUUUCCAAGCAGAGCCAGUGGUGUCACAUGGCCUACUGGGAACAUCGUGAGCGCGUGGGGCGUCUCUACCCGGUCUACCAAACCUCCGUCUCUGUCUUCUACGAUUUACCUCAGGGAACCGGUUUUUGUCUGGGCCAGCUCAGCCUCCACAAUAACCAUCAACUCUGUUCCACGGAUCAACCACGCUCCAGUACCGUCCAGCACACGCGCGCCAAAAUCGGUUACGGUAUCCUCCUCAGUAAAGAACCGGACGGGGUGUGGGCUUACAACCGGAGUCAACACCCCAUCUUUGUGAAUUCCCCUACCCUGGAUGUUCCUGGGAGCAGGAGUCUGGUUGUCAGGAAGGUGAUGACAGGAUAUUCUAUCAGAGUGUUUGACUGGGAGAGAUCCAGCAUGUUGAGGAGCUUGCAGCACGCAGACCCUAUAGAGAUGCUAGAGGGCCCCUAUGAUCCUAACAGUGUCAGAAUUAGCUUCGCUAAGGGAUGGGGGCCUUGUUAUUCCAGACAGUUUAUUACAUCAUGCCCUUGCUGGUUGGAGAUACUGCUCAACACCCACACAUAAUACAGAGAGAGAAUGAGAGAGAGAGAGAGAGAGAGAGAUUGAGAAUGAGAGAGAGAGAGCGAUAGAAUGAGAGAGAGAGAGACUAUACCACAUUUCAUCUACCUAGAUUUAAUAUAAAGUUUUAUAUAUUAUGUCAAACAUAUAUAUUAUACUGUAAGUAAAAAAUAUAUUAUACUGUAAAUAAAUAUAUAUUAUACUGUAAAUAAAUAUAUAUUAUACUGUAAAAAC